GAGGAAGAGACCAGAAGAUGGUGAAAAUUGAUUGACUAUAAAUUGCGAAGCAAAAUUAGCGAUCAUUAACUCUGAGAGUCUUGAUCAAAAUGGAUCUCAGGUUAGGAUAUAUUUUACUUUUUAUUUACUGUGUUCAAACAGUUACACCAGCAAGAUUACCUCUCACCAAGUCUGGACAACAAUGCUCUCUCCAAUGUACAGAAUCCAAAAAUUUAAACUAUCAACCUGGUAAAACAUAUAUCUACGAUUAUGUUGGUAAAACUUGGAUCAACUCGAAUGAUGGAACUGAACAGUUGAUUGAGGUUAAGGCAAAGGCUCAUGUUUCAGUCAUUUCCAAAUGUGAACUUAGCUUACAGUUGGAAAAUGUUGAACUCACUGGGCUACAAUCAGAUCAUGCCCUGAAACGAGAACUUGAAGAUCGUCUCAUUGGAUUUUCCUAUCAAGAUGGUUCCAUUGCAUCUGUCUGUCCAUCUCCAGAAGAUUCAAAUUGGUCGAUCAACAUUAAAAAGGCAAUUAUCUCAGCCCUUCAAGUAUCUUCAACUCCAAAAUCGGGUAAAACAAUCGUAACCGAAGUAGAUAUUUUGGGUGAAUGUGAGACAAAUUAUGAAGCAGUUGCAAUCCCGUCUUCAUCCAAUGUCUUGGAAUCAAUCAAAAAGUUCAAGAACUUGAGAAAUUGUAAUCAACGACAGGCAAAUGUAUUUUCACUAUUUCCAACCAAAUACUCAACCGAUUUAAAUUCAGUACAAAAUUUACCCAUCCUUAACAAUGAACACUCAUGUUCAAUCGAAAUCUCCAAGGAAUCUAUCGUUUCCAGAGUAAUUUGCACAGAUUCAGCAACAUUUAUUCCCUUAUCCUGGACUAAAUCAGUAACUUCAGGCUUUAAUUCUGAGUUGACUUUAACUUUAGAAGCUUCAGUUCCAAGCAAACCAGUCAAACCAAUCAGCCAUUCACAUUUAUCCAAUCGACAGGCAUUAACCUUCAAGCAUACUCUUAAGGAAUCUUGGGCUAAUUCAAAAGGUGAUGUUGACCAAGUAACCAAUCUACUUAAAGAUAUUUGCAGCUCAGUUGAGAAUCAAAUUGAGCCCAAAGUUCCUUCUCAAUUUGCUGAGCUUGUCUAUCAUUUACGAAAUUUACCUUCAUCAUCAACAUCAAAGCUUUGGUUAGCAAUCAAGAGAGGUGAUAUUUGUCCAUCUGUAGCCAAACUGACCGACUUAUUCACAGAUGCACUUAUUAUGGAUGGAAGCGAAGGUUCACUUAAGAUUAUCGUUGAAUUGAUCAACGAGGGUAAAACAGCUCCAGUAACAGUUAACUAUUGGUUGACAUUAUUAGCCUUUGCCAGUUCACCCACCGAAGGUUCAAUUAAAUCUCUCUUACCAUUGAUUAAAAACAAGUCACUUCCAAGACAAUCAGUACUUGGUGUAUCAGCUCUGGUUCACAACUAUUGUGCUCUUCCUGAUGUUGACUGCAACUCUUCCCCAAUUGUCAACGAGGUUACCCGAACUAUUGCCUCAAGAUUAAGUUACAAAUGUUCAGUUUCUCCUGGCGCUGAAGAUGAUACCAUCGUUGCACUCAAAGGUUUAGCCAAUAUUGCUCCAUACCUUUCCAAUGGCGAGAUCAGGUCGAUUCUUGAAUGCUCAGUAAACUCAAAUUCUCUUCACGUUCGAGUAACAGCAAUAGAGACAUUACAAUCUCUUUCAUGUUUGGACUCUGUUGCCCCCACAAUGAUGGAUUUGUUCACCUCAACUGAACACGACGCUGAAAUCAGAAUUGCUGCUUACAAGAAUGUCAUCGCAUGUCCAUCAGCAUCAAAGAUUGAAGCCAUCAUUUUAACCCUAGAAAAUGAACCAUCAGUUCAGGUUGGCUCUUAUAUCGUUUCACACUUGUCCAAUAUCCAAGAAUCAUCUGAUCCAUUGAAAAGUGAAAUGAAAUUGUAUCUGACUGGCAUUAAGAUCCCACUGAAAUCAUUCCCUCGAGAUAUUCGUAAAUUUUCACGUUAUUAUGAGUUGUCUCAACACUUUUCAAAAAUAAACUUGGGUGCUGUUAUUGAAUCUGAUGUUAUCUUUGAUGGUUCCUACAUUCCUCGAUCAAUCAAGGCCAAUUUAUCUAUUCCCAUGUUUGGUUCUUCCGUAAACUUGGCUGAAGUAGGUUUCCGUCAAAAAGGAUUGGAAAGCUCAAUAGAAGGCCUCUUUGGACCAUCUGGAUCUUUGAAUGGUAAAAACUGGAAAGAAAUUCUAGAAUCAUUAGCAUCUCUACUCAUCAACGAGAACGAUCCAAAUGAAAUUGAAGCCAAUCGUUAUCGAUUAGCCCGUCGAUCUGUCCAAGACAUUUUCAGGCCUAUUAAAUUGGAAUCUUUGGUUAAAAAAGCAACCAUCACAUCCGCACCAGUUGAAGGAUCCAUGUACCUAAAAGUAGACGGUAAAACAAUUAUCUACUUGUCAGUAAAUGAUAUCAAAAAGGAAUCAUACAAAUCAAUGUUUGAUUCAAAACUUGAGAAUGUGGUGAAAUCAUCCAAAUACGAUCGAGCUUUUAGCUUCAUGGUUUUGGACUCAAUUCAUCAAUUCCCUGGUAUCAACGGUUUUCCAAUUAAACUCGACAUCAACUCAACUGCUAUAUUUGGAUAUAAGCAAACUGGUAAAACAUUUUACCCAAGUUUUGCCUCCGAAUUGUCCGUUAAAGUUGGUUUUGAUGCUCGAACCUCACAACCUGGACUAAAAUGGAAAACUAUUGUCAGUUCCGCUCCUGCUUUAUCGGCUGAAAUCGAAUAUAAAAACCAGAUUCCUACUAAAGUAACAUUCUCAUUACCUGAAGACUCAUUAACUCUUUUCCAUUAUCAAAGUGAUUUGAUCUCAGUAUCUACUGAUGGUUCAGAAAAGUCUAUUCAAGCUCCAUAUUCUCGUCACCAUGAAGGCUGCACAAAAAGCUUCACCAAACCCUUUGGAAUCGAGUUUUGUGGUGCCCUAUCUGUCCCUAAACCUUUGUUUACUUUAUCAUCUCCAUUCAUUCCAUUCAAUGGGCCAAUCAAUUUCGAUAUUGUCCUUCGAAAAACUGAUGUAACCAUGAAAGGUUGGACUUUCUUCUACCAAGUUCCCAGCGAGAAUAAGAUUGAAACUAGAGUUUACUCAAUCGGCUUUUUAACACCUGAAUCCACCAUUAACCGCCAAUUCUCAGCUGAUUUGUCCAUCUUUAACACCAUUGAUGACCUUUCCAAGGAAAUUAAAGUAAAACUUGUAACUCCUUACAAACGUAUGGAUGCUUUCAUUGGUCGUAAGAUUGAUGACAAAUCUAUCCUAGUUCGUGGUGAAAUCAGUAUUGAUUCCAAAAAAGACUAUUCGGCAAUGGUUAAACUAGACAAGUACGAUGUUGGUCGAGAUUUAAUUUAUCAAGGAGAAGCUCAAGUCCAAUUAUCUGCUUCUUCAUCUCCUUACAACAUCAAGAGUACAAUAAUGGUGAAAGAAGAUAACACAAUUGUCUUUGAUUUGAAACCAAAACAAGGUGUUGCUUUUAUUAAUGGUACUUUAGGACUGGCUCCACCUCGUUUCGAUAUUGACGGUAACUUGCGUUACAUCGUAUUCCGUUUGAGCAAUACCGUUACUAAUGAAAAAUCGAGUUUAAGGAAUAACUUCCAUCUUUCAUACCGUCAUCAUUCAUCUAACAAAUUUGAAUCAUUUACUUUGGCAAGCUCACUCAAGACAUCUUUGUCUGGAACUAUUCACAAAUAUAUCACCAAAGUUGAAGGAUCUGCUACUAAAUGGCCAAAGAACAGCUUCCUUGCUACCUGGGAAUCAUCUUAUGCUCCAUGGGAAUUGAUUGAAAACGAUUUUACAUUUGAAAUCGGUAAAAAAGCUAAAGGUUAUGCAUCAAAAUCAAAAAUAACUCAAAUUUCUCGAUUCAAUGGAUUAACUGGUGAUUAUUCAGAUGUCUACGCCCGAAAUACUUUAACUAUUGAUGUUGCUGGAUUUUAUUACAAAGCUGGUUUAAUCGGUAGUAAACAAAUGUCAAGCUCAUCUUCCAAAGCCAAGAUUGAAUUUACCGGAGGAAACCGAAUGUCUGGUGAUUCACAAAAGGUCACAUUUUCUUAUGGAAUUGAACUCGAACCACUUUUAAGAUUCUCAUCUUCUGCAUUGAUCCGCUUGGGACCAAUCUCAGUCGAUUAUGUUGAUUCAGUUUCAGAGCGAAGCAAAGGUAAAUAUUCUGGUUCCAGUGAACUUAUGGUUUCUCGUUCAACUUUCUGGACUUUGAAUUACAACUACUCUGUAGGAGAUGAUAAUAGGCUUAGAAUGUCCCGAAAUUUGGAAAUGUCUGUUAGCCUCCCAAGAUAUGGUAUUGAUUUCAUUCAAGAAGGAUCAUUUGAUCUGAAUAAUGAUGAAUUAUCACUCACAUCGUUCGGUGCAAGCAAACAAUCUAAACUUUGGUCAAUUAACAGUAAAAUCAGUCAAACAGCACAAUCAAUUGUUAAAGUCAACAUUCACCGUCUUGCAGAACUAGAAUUAGACCUUUUACCUUAUGCCCCUAAUCGAUUGGGUUCCCUUAAAUUGGUCGUUGGAGAUUAUACAAGCAUGAACAGAUUCGCUUUGUACCCAAGCAGUUUUUCAUUGGACUCUGAGUUGCAAUCUAAAUCAUCAUUAGUUUACCAAAUUUCUGGUCAUUACAAAUCAAUCAACAAGUGGUCUACAACAAUCAUAACUAGUCCAGUGGUAGUUAACCUCGUUUUGAAUCCCCAAAAUGGAAAAUUUGAUGUCAAACUAACCAACCAACAAAUCCACCAUUUGAUUUCAUUUUCAAAUGAACCAGCAACCUUUUCAUUAUCGAGUGAAAUCAAGAAAAAAUCUAAACAACUGAUGACAUUGAAGGCUGAUUACCAACGAGCAGGAGCAUUUAUUGUUGAAUUUGCAUCAAAACCUAUUGAAUUCCAUUCAGAAGCCAACUUCAAGUCAGCCAAUCGAUUUGAAAUUGAAUCAGUUCUUAAUUUGAAGAGUUACUCUCAAAUUUUCACCAUUGAAGGAUCAAAAGUGAACAAAGAUGUCAAGCUAAACCUUUCACAACGUGGCGCUUUCACAAUCAAAUUAUAUCUAGAGUCAAUGGAAAAUCUUAAAUUGAAUUUUGAUCUCAACGACUGUGGAACAACUGCCGUUGAACUAACCAACAAGCCUGAAUUGAAAGCUUUUGCACUUAACUGUAACUAUCCAUCAUCAGGAUGGGAACAGUCCACUUUGAUUCAACAUGCACCAGAAGUAACAACAAUCUUCUCAAGCACACAAAGAUCUUCUCAAAGGCUUUUAUUAGUUAAUGGACGCAUUUCAGACGAUAAAACAGCUCUUGAUGUUAAAUAUGGUGACAAAGAUUCUUUCUACGCUGAAUGGUUAUCUUCGAAGAGCGUAGGUUCUACUAAGUUAGCCUUAGGUCAAUAUUUAUUGAACCACGAUUCUUCCAUUUCAUUUGAAUCAAACAAGCUGGUCUUCUCAUCACUUACCACAAAAUCAAACAAACAAUUGCUUAAAAUCAACUUAGAUUCUGAUCUAUCAUCUGCUCUUGAACUUACCAUGUCUUCUUUGAAUGACCAUUCAAUCAAAUUAUCUUAUGCAGAUUCUAAAGCUUUAAAUAUUGAAUUUGGGCUUAAUUCUCGAUCUUACUCUAUUGUCCAUUCAUCCAAAUUCAAUUAUCCAUAUGCUCUUGAUAGAUUUGAUUUUAAAUCAGUCACUUCAUCCAAAGGAGUUGAUUUGCUUACAAUCAAGGCUACAUCAGCUCGCCAAGCUCCAACAACUCUUGAAAUUUACAGCAAACAAGUUACUGGAACUAUCCAAUUCGAAUCAUCAUACAGUGAGAAAAGAUAUGCUUUGAAAAUGAUUAAACCAUUGGCUGUCGAAACUGAAUUCAAUUACAAACCUCGAUCGUCUCAAUACUCUUUAUACAGUGUUGUUAAGAAAGUUUCUUCUGGAGAACAACUGUUUGAGAUUGACGCUAAAAUUCAACCUAAUAGUAAAUCUUCUAUCGAUGUCAAUGUAAUUCCAAUGAAAGGUCGUUUAACAUAUUCUCACUUGUCAUCUCUUGAAUUGACUUUUGACAAUGGAGCCGGUUAUAAUCAUCUGACAACAAUCAAUGUUGACUCUAGAACUUCCAAUGUUGACUUUAAAUCGUCAAGUUCAUCUAAAGGAUCAAUUGUCUAUCAGGUUGAUGCAUUCUUAGAUCUUGAAGAAAGAAUUAAUCUUAAGGUUAUCAAAAAUCCAUGGGAUGGUUCCAUUGAAAUCAAUGUCGCUAAUGCAAUGUUGACUGCUUCUCUGGUUAACCAAGCCAAAUCUUUAGUUCAUUCAACCAAAGCAUCAUUCGCUGCAAACUCGUUCACUUUGACUUCGGACACAAAAAAAUCUGAACGUAAUCUAUUUUCUUUGGAUUGCCUGUUAUCAACAAACUCUAAAUCUGAAAUUAAAGUAUCCAGCUCUUCAUGGAGUUCAACAUCAAUUUUGAAUACCAUUGGAUCGUCAUACAGCUUCCAAUUUAAUCUGAAAAGGCCUUCAAUUUCUUCUGAUUACAAUACCAAAAUAGUCUUUGAUAAACGAUCAUCAACUUUAAAGAUGGCUUCUUAUAGUCAACGUAAAGGCGUAAAAUCAACAAUCGAAAGUGAAAUCAGUAGAUCAAAUAAGAGUUGGUUCAAAUAUGCAUCACCAAAGAAUGGUCGAAUUGAUUGGGAAGUCAGUCCAUUUGGAUCAACCAAAAUUUCUAAAAUCAGUGUAGACUGGAAACCCUCUUCAUUCAUUCACAACAGUGAAGUCAAAUACGACUCACAAGGGUUAAAAGUUAAAUCAACUUCCUCUCAGUUUGCUCAUGCAUUGUACACUUUCAACGGUGAAAUUGGAAAAAUCAAUGGACAAUUGUCACGAAUCGAGUUGAAUUUCGACGCAGAUUCUUCAAGUUAUCGACACGCUUCUUCAUACUCCUGGACCAAAGACGUACUGAAUCUACAGUCAAAAUCAACUGUUAAUAGAGAAACUCUGUGGGACUUCAAAGGAGUUUUCCCAUUGAAUGCACAACAAACAACAUCCAUCGACUUAGACUCUCCUCAAGUUUUGGGAAAAGUCACAUUUGAUCCAGAUUCAGGAAAAUUCAUUAUCGAAGCUUAUCUCAGACAGAGCCAACGAAAAAUUAUUUUAACAACAAAUUAUGGUUUCACAAUCGAUAGUCCAUUCAGCUUUGAUCUAAAUUGGGAUGCUGAUCGUAAUAAUGAUGCUCGAAUCUAUGUCACAAAGAACCGUGGAUCAACUGACUCUUCAAGAAGAGAUAUUUUAACGAUUGGAUAUGGUUCUGAAAUUAAAGCCAUGCUUACUGUCGAAUUGGGAUCUGAAGCAUUAGUUGGACCUCAUUACAUCUCAAUGUCUCUCGAUCUUCCAAAUGCACCUUCAAGAUCAUUAUCAUUCAAUCACGAAAUGACAUCUAAUAAAGUUAAUUGUGCAAUUCGAUUCCACGAAGAUAAUCAAGUUGUUCACCAAUUGGUUCACGAAAUGACUAUGGAAUCUAAAUCAUUCAAUCUUGAAAUCGGAACAAAAUCAAGAAAUCCAACGUUCGAUGGACUCCACCUAUCUUACAAAUGCAGUCACGCUGCCAACUCAAUCGCUAGUGAACUUAAAGUCCAACCUUCAUCAGGUUCACCUUAUUCAGUCAAGUUGAACGCUGAGUUCCCCGUUUCGCGAUCCGAGAAAUCACUUGUUGCAAAAAUUUUGGCAAAAACACCCAUAAACAAUUAUCGUCAUCAAGGGUUAACAAUCAACUUUAAUUUAAAAAACGACCUUUCACAAUCAAAUGUUAAUAUCAAAUACUCUAAGGAAUCAAGUGAAUCAGCUGCUUUUACGGCUAACUACAUGUUGAAAUCAUCUGGUGGUUCAGUUUCAUUAUCACUUGAUGGUUCACUGGCUGGAGUCUAUGAUGGUUCAAAUUUGAAGGGUCAAUUUGAUAACAGGUCAAACAAAAAGUCACUAUCACUAGAGUCAAAUAUUUUAACAGUAGGUGAACUUAAUUUGGUAGCUACUAACCAACGCGGUGCAGUCGAAGGUCAAGUUACUUUGUCAUCACCAAAAUCGUCUCGUUACACUUUUGCAUUGAAAACUAACACCCAAACAUUACUAGGAAGCUCUCAUGAAGUUACUUUAACUCAAGAUAAUCUCGAGCUGUUUGAUUCCAAAUUAUCCCUUGAUUAUGGUAAACCUUUACUCGGCAAGAUUAGUGUUACUUCCAAAGGAUCUGAAUUGUUGCGUUUUGAAGUCAAUCGUUAUGAUGUUUCAAAUGAAGAGAGUAAAUUUAUUGCUGAUUACUUUGGACCAAAAGGGCCUUUAAAGGUUAAUCUAAAUUUAUUGCUAGCUUCAACUCAAUCACGAGUUGAUCUUCAAGUAUGUCCAUCCAGUCAGUGUUACAACUUAAAACUGACCGAUUCAUUGAACCAAUGGGGACGCGAAUCAGCAAUCUCUUACCGAAAUGGAGCUUAUUCAAAAGUUUACCGAGCUUCAUAUGUAUUAAAAUCUGAGAAAAAUAUAUUCAUUGCUUCUGGAUCAAUCAAUUUGAAUGGAAUUGAUUUUGGUGGUGAAAUGGUUUCAUCUUCAUCAAAUUCAAUCGGUAAAAUUAAUUUGGGCCAAAGAGUAAUUGAAGCUCGUUUCUAUCAAUAUCCAUCAAAGAUUAUGAUCGAGUUUCUUGCUGAUGCCAGACGAGAACCUGGUUCAAAAGUAACCCUGGAAAUCGAUGGAACUUAUGAAUCUGUUCCUUCUAGAAGGUUAAUUAAUGUUGAUUAUAAAAUCCGAUUGGGUUCACCUUCUUUAUACCGACCAAUUUCAAUUACCUUUUUAUUGAAAAGAAACCCAGCUGAUAAGAAACGACCAUUCGACUCCAAAAUUGUCUUCGAUUUGGGAAAAUCUGAAUCACAAUCAUUGGUUAUUGAGAGUUAUCUUGAAAAUGUUUCCGGCAAAUCAAACAAUCAAACUGUUGCCUUGAAAGUUUAUCAACCAAAUGCUAAAUUGAAUGUUGCAGUUAAAGGUCAUUUUGCCUCUACCAACACCAAAUUAUCAACUGGCCUUACAUGGUCUUGGACUGAUGAUUACUCACGAUCACAACAAGUAUUCAAUUUAUUAGCAAUUAACUCGGAAACCAAAGAAAUCUCUUUUAUAACUCAUGGAGGUUCCAAUGAUAUCUCAGGCCGAGCUCAAUACCAAACCAGUGAUCAAUCUAUUGACUUGAUUGGUGAAAUGUCUGUUAAUGGUGUAAAAAAUGAAGGAAAAUUAAGUGGUUCAUUGGAAGGUAAUUGUGCUUUCGCAAAGGCUUUCUCAGGAAACAAUUUGAAAAGAAAAAUCGAAGCUUGUCUUGAACCUUAUAGACUUGUAAGGAUCAACAGUCAACGGUUUGAUUACGGUUCUUCUCCUUCGACUGACCUUUCCCUGAUUUUAUCUCAGAGAAACGGUAAAGUCUUGAAAGCCAUGGUAAAUAUCGACCCUAAUUACUCACAACAAUUGGAAUCAAUUACCUGGCCAUCGCUUAAUUUACGAAAGUCACAAUGGAAUGGAUUACCAUCAACAAUGACUGUUAAUUGGCAAAUUUUCUCUGACAUCUAUCAACCUAUGGGACAAUCAAUUAUGGAAGAAUCAUUCGAGUUCGUCGGUGAAUUGGAUCAACAUACUUUACCAGUCAGAUCAUUUUUCUCGGAAUAUGUAUCUUUACCAUCUAUCAGUCUUCCAACAAUCAACUUCUAUCCAUUAGUUGACCGAUUAUCUGCUUGGGCUGAUGAAAUGUCUACUAAGGCUGCUGUUCAAUUGAAGUCUGUCUGUCGCUACAAAUCAUCAUGCUACCGAAUCGCUCAUGCUUAUGAACGUUAUGGAAUGGAUGGCUUAACCCGAAUUGCUUCUGAUAACUGGCGAGUUUACAAGAUUUCACUCAAAAACUGGUUCCAAAAUAUAACCUCCAAAGUAUUAAGAGCAUCUGACGAUAUGUAUGAAUCAAUUUUAUCCUACUUUAACAAUCUAUCAUCAAAACUUUGGUCAUCUCAAUAUGGUUCAAUUUUAACCAAAAAAUUACACCAAAUAUCUAAAUUUCCAUGUCGUUUGACCAAAUCUAUCUCUUCCGGAGUUCAACGAUUCUAUUCAAAUUUAAAUAGACGAGUCAUGUCAAACCCUGAUGUCAGAGCCUUAGUCAACAUCAUUGUCUCAUUAUACCGAGAAAUUAGCUCUGAAUUGGCAAAAAUUAAUAUCAAAUCAUCUUUGAAAUCUUCAGCAUCUCAAUAUAAUUACUUGUUGUCACCUAGCACUUGGGGAGCAUCUGCUCGCUAUACAACCUGGAACCCUGCUAAAGGAUUCUACGAGGCUGAAAUCGUUUCACCAGUUGACAUUGGCACAGUUAAAUCUACCUUACGAUCAUCACAAAAAUCUGUUUCUGAUAUUAACGACUCUCUUAAUAGUCUAAAGGCAUCUCUUUGGACUGAAUUGACACCACCUUUCAAGUCAACUGCUUUUCUCAUUGGCGGACAACAUUUCGUAACUUUUGAUGGUCGAUCAUUUGAUCUUGGAACUACUGACUGUUCAUAUCUAUUGGCUAGAGAUUUUGUUAACAGCAACUUCUCUGUCAUUGUUAGAUACCAUGGUGGAAACAAAAAAUCUUUCCUAAUUACUCUAGGCGAGGAACAAGUUAUCGAAAUCAAUCCAUCAGAAAAGCGAGUUAAGCUUGGUAGAAAUAUAGUUGAACUUCCAGUUAUUCAAGGUUCACUGUCCAUCCUUCGACACCAUCAAACUAUUGUCCUAGAAGAUUCAUCAAAUGGGUUAACUUUCAAAUGCUUCCUUAGUCGGGAUCUUUGUUCAUUAACUGUUUCUGGCUGGUAUUUUGGUCGAACCAAGGGUCUUUUUGGUACUUAUGAUUAUGAACCAUCAAACGAUUACCUCCUUCCAGACGGACGACAAGCAGCAAACCCAAAUGACCUUGCCUCUGGCUGGGAAGUCGAGGGUUCAUGUGCCAACCCAUCUGGAGUACCAAUACAAAGUGAAGAAAUUCGUCGAUCAAGUAAAGCAUACAGAUUAUGCGAAAAAACAUUCAGUUCAUCCGAAUCACCUUUAGCCGAAGGUUUUCAAUAUGUUUCACCAGACUUUUACUUUUUAAUGUGUCGUCGUCAUAUGGCUGCAACUAAAGGACAAGAUAGACCCGAAAAGGCUCUUUGCAAUAUUGCUGGAGCUUAUGUUGAGCAGGUUAGAGCAAAUGGAUUUGAAUUAUCAAUGCCUUUAGCUUGUUUGACCUGUGAAGCUGGUCAAGAAUUUGGAAGUCGAUAUGUAGCCUCACCAACCCGAUCAUCGUCCAGAGCUGAUGUAGUUUUUAUCAUCGAGGAGAGACCAUGCAAUGCUAAACUGAUUAAUGAUUUGCCCAACUUGGCUCGUAAUAUGCACAAAGAACUUGAACAGUCUGGUCUUAAAGAUCCCAGAUUUGGAGUUGUUGCUUUUGGUGGUCCUGCAGUAAACACUCGCGAAGCCCAUGGUCACACUGCUCGUGGUGAAUUAUUAUUCCCAUACCAAGAUAUCGCUAUGUCUACCAAACGAAUGGAAUUAGCUCCAAUUGAUUCAUAUGAUGCUAAUUACACUGAUGCUUUGAGUGCAAUUGUCUUAGCUUCACAAUAUCCUUUCAGAAAAGCUGCAUCCAAAAAUCUUGUCCUUUUAUCUUGUCGAGCUUGCGAUGAACGAACGUCCAGAUUCGAUUACAAUGACAUUCAACAUCUUCUCUUAUCUGAAGGAAUAACUCUUCACGUUGUCUCUAAUCAACGAUUCAGCACUAAACGAGCUACAUCAAAAACUCGAGAAAUUUUGGGUAUUGAUAGACGUUCAGUUCAACGUGCAAGUGAUAUUAGAGCAAAUGAAGUUUCCGAUGAACGGGUUUAUCUCCGCGAUUCAAUUACUGUUCCAAAAGAUGUCUGCAUUUCUUUGGCCCACCUCAGCAAUGGCUCUUUCUACCCAAGCCCAUUGGUAACCUCUCUUGACCAUCGAUUAGAGAAACUUUGGUCUCUUGGAUUAGCUCGUCGUUUAGCAUCAACAGCAGACCCAAGUCCAUGUCAACACUGUGACUGUGUUCCUGACAGCGAUCUUCUUCAUUCUAAAAUCCUUUGCCGUCCAUGCAGACCCUUAAAACCCGUUUACUAAGAAAAACGAGUGGAAAUAACUACAAAAAUUGCAUUUCUUUUUCUAUUAACACUUGUUUCUUUUCAAAAAAUUUCAUUUCAACUCAUUUCUUUUCCCUAUUCUCUAUUUUAAUGAAAACCCCUUCCCUUAAAAUUUAAACAUCCAAAAUACAACUAUCCACAAAAAAACAAUCAUAAUGCAAACUUUUGUCAUUUUUUCUAACCCUGCCCUUUUUAUAUUAGAGUCAACAUUUCCAAUUCGUUGAAAUCACCUUUAGCCAUUUAUAUUUGUUCAAAAAAAUUCUACUGUAAUUAAGCUAAAAUUAUUAGCUAAUAAAACCCUUUCCAAUCA